AGAAUAUUAUUGGGUCGGAAUUAAAAACAGAAUCGAUUUUGUAGCUCUUCCUCUCGUGAAUUCAGACAAGAAGAAGCUUUGCUUGCCCCUUUGGUCCGAAUUUUAGGGUUUCCAUUUUCUAUCCCUUCUUCGUAUAAUCAAAAAUCAUCGAAACCCUAAUCUCUUCUUCUUGAUCAGGCCCUUGUCUCGUUUGCGCUCCCUUGUAUCAACUUAAGGUUCAUGUCUGAUCUUGAAGUUCAAGUCCCCACUGCCUUUGAUCCGUUUGCUGAUGCAAAUGCUGAGGACGCUGGGGCGGGAACAAAGGAAUACGUGCACAUUCGUGUUCAGCAGCGUAAUGGUAGGAAAAGCUUGACAACUGUCCAGGGACUUAAGAAAGAGUAUAGCUAUAGCAAGAUCCUUAAAGACCUUAAGAAAGAAUUCUGCUGCAAUGGCACUGUCGUCCAGGACUCUGAAUUAGGACAGGUUAUUCAGCUACAAGGCGAUCAGAGGAAGAACGUCUCCACCUUCCUUGUUCAGGCUGGGCUUGUGAAGAAGGAUAACAUAAAAAUCCAUGGUUUUUGAGGAAUUCUAAGAAAGAUACUCGUUGUUCAACUUGUAUUUUUACGGAAUCAGCCAAAAGGAAGUAUAAAAAAAACAUCACUUAAAUGUAUGAAUGCUUUUAUUAUAUAUACAGUAUUGUAUCAGAAAAGAAGUUUGCUUGUGAGCGAGUAUAAAAUGUAUCAACGAAAAACUUGUCGUUUGCAUUUUCUAGUGUGAGAUUAAUAUCAAUAAAAUUUGCUCUCUGAAUCCAA